AUGGGUGCGGUUGUCGGGAGGGAAAAUGCCGCCACUUUGUCAUAUGAAAUUAUCAGACAGACUCCUGCAUAUGAAAUACGACAUUAUGAAGCUACCCCAGUAAUAGAGACAGCUUGGGCGGACGACUCGCGACAAACUUUUCUCAGGUUGGCAGAUUACAUUGGGGUGUUUGACAAGCCAGUGAAUGAAGAAGGGAUGAGAAUACCAAUGACAACGCCAGUGGAGUGUUUAAUUGCAGGCAACAGUUUUGAAGGCAUGCGUUUCUUUCCUCCAGAAGAAUCAGCAAGGUCGCGCUCUUCUUUGCCUUCUCCUCUACAUCGAGACGUACAAAUAAAGAAAAUUGAAGAGAGAUAUAUUGCUGCUCACCGCUUUUCAGGAACUGUCGAUUUAAAUACAAAUAUAAAUCGCUCAAUAAUGAAGCAGCAAAUUGUCUUUAUUCUGCGUGCGCUCGUGCGAGACGGCCUAAUAACCUGCAGCAGCAGCAGCAGCAGCAGCAGCAGCACUAGCAGCAGCACCAGCAGCACCAGCACCACCACCCCCAUCACCACCACCAGCACCAGCACCAGCAGCAGCAGCAGCAGCAGCACUGGCGGGGGAGGGGAAGGUGAAAGAGGCAGCAACCCGCACGAUAGAGGAGGCUGCAGUUCAGAUGAUAAUGAGUUAAUUCGGCAGCUAGAAGAAGGUCGAAUAAAAGCAAAAGAAGAAAAUAAACAAAUCGAAUUAACUCUCGCUGUUUAUAAUUCUCCAUUCUGUCUUCCUUUCUUCCGCAGGAAUGAAAUUUGGGAAUAA